GGCGCGCGCCCGGCAGCGACGCGCGCGCGCGCCCUCUCCUUUUCCUCUCCUCCCUCUUUUUUUUCUGUUUAUGAGCCGCGCGCGCCCCUCGCUCCCCCUUCAGCCGCCCCCACGCCCCUCCCUCUCUGGAGGCCGCAGCGCGGUGGGGCCGGGUCGCCUCCGUCCCCGGAAAGCCAUUAUCUCCCCCUCUCCAGCCGCUUCUAGAUUUGGGCCUGGGCGCGGCCGGGGGCUCCGAGCCUGAGGGGGAAUGAGGUAGCUGCGGCUUCGAGAAAGAUGGUGGAUAUUGACAUUUGUGCUGGUGGGGAUAGUACCCGAAGGAAAAUGGAUUCGCUAACAGAUAGUGCAGCUGAGAUCAUUCCGUUGGAACUCUAUGAUUCAUCUCGAGCGAAAAUAGCUGCUAAUUUACAAUGGAUCUGUGCUAAAGCCUAUGGAAUAGAUAAUAUCCCAGAGGAGCUGAAGGACCCGUUUUAUAUAGACCAGUACGAGCAAGAACAUAUUAAACCACCUGUCAUCAAGCUGUUGCUGUCCAGUGAGCUGUACUGCCGUGUCUGCAGCCUCAUUUUGAAAGGGGAUCAGGUGGCUGCUCUGCAGGGACACCAGUCAGUCAUCCAGGCUCUGUCUCGGAAAGGGAUUUAUGUCAUGGAGAGCGAUGAUACACCUGUGUCUGAAUCUGAUCUCAGCAGCGCACCAAUCAAAAUGAGUCCUCACAUGGCAAUGAUCGAUGCUCUCAUGAUGGCCUACACUGUGGAAAUGAUCAGCAUUGAAAAAGUGGUUGCAAGUGUCAAACGUUUUUCUACAUUUAGUGCCUCAAAAGAAUUGCCCUAUGAUCUGGAGGAUGCAAUGAUAUUCUGGAUUAAUAAGGUGAACCUUAAAAUGAGAGAAAUAACUGAAAAAGAGAUCAAAUUAAAACAGCACCUACUGGAAAGCCCAGGUCACCAAAAGGUACGAUAUCGCCGCGAUCACCUUUCAAGUAGGCAAUUACCAUUUUUCCCAGUGCUUGAAGAUCUCAUGAAGGAUUGCAGUGAUGGGGCUGCUUUACUGGCUGUAAUACACUAUUACUGUCCUGAACAAAUGAAGCUAGAUGAAAUCUGCCUGAAAGAAGUAACAUCGAUUGCAGACAGCAUCUAUAACAUUCAGCUGCUUCGGGAGUUUUCAAAUGAAUAUUUAAACAAAUGUUUUUAUCUCACAUUGGAGGACAUGCUGUAUGCACCUUUAGUUCUAAAGUCCAAUGUAAUGGUCUUCAUUGCUGAAUUAUUCUGGUGGUUUGAGAAUGUCAGACCUGACUUUGUGCAACCCAGGGACCUCCAAGAAGUAAAAGAUGCUAAAACAAUGUUGCAGCAGAAGAGCAGUCGGCCGCCUGUUCCCAUUUCCAAUGCAACCAAGCGGAGUUUCAUGGCUAGCCCAGCUGCUUCCAGCUCAACUGACACACAGCCUCCAGUUCAGUUCCCUUUGGAGACUUGCAACAGUGGAAAAGGAAGCCCUGCCUUCAGCCCAUCCCAUCCAUUACUGCCUUUGAGACAGAAACAACAGAAGUCUCUGCAGGGGGAGGACAGCUCAGGUCAACGCCAUCGUUCUAAUUCAUUAACUAGAGUAGAUGGACAACCACGGGAAUCAGUUCUUGCUUGGCCAGACAAGAAACCAAGGCCUCUAUCUCAGCCAACACCAUUUGCUCUUCAUCAUGCCACAAGCAGUGAUGCAGACCCCAGUUCUGGUGAUAGUAUUAGCUUGGCUCGAUCGAUCAGCAAGGACAGCCUAGCAUCAAACAUCAUCAACAUCACUCCAAAACAGCAAUCUCACUCUGUACCAGUGAAAAGCAAUGGGAAAAGCUUGCUGAACAAUGUUGAAAUAGAGGAUGAGGAUGAAGAAUUGAUCGCAAUAAUCCGACCAGAUGCCACACCAAGCCACAGCAAUCUUGAACUUCAGAGUGUGCCAGUUAGAUCACCUGGCUUUGUUGCAGCUGCAUGGGCUCAGAAAUCGCAGAAUGAGGCCUCAGAGAGCAAACCAGAGAGUUUUUUCCUUGAGCCAUUAAUGCCUGCUAUUCUGCGACCAGCAAAGGAAAAACAAAUAAUUAACAAGGAGGAAGAAUGCGGAGAAGGGAAAACACGAGGUUUUGUAGCAAAGAGACUGAAUGAAGGGCACACGUCUUUAGUCCGUAAAAAAACAAAUAGCAGCCAUGCAGAUUACAACCUCAACAGGACUUUUAAUGUAGCUUCUAGUUCAGAAUUAAUGUCUGUCGCUGGUUCUGGCAUGGCAGAUUCAUUGGUACGUUCCGAGAUAGGAGUAGAACACUUUCGGCCCCAAGCAAGUAGUAGUAUAGAGCCUUCAUCUCAAGAGCAGUCCUUCGGCGGAUUCUUUCUUCACGCUGCCAAAGUAGAUGAGGGUGUGAUGAGCUGUGCCAGUACUGGCUGUGUGAAAAGUCCAAGUUCUCAUGUGGCAGACACCUCAUGGACAAUGGUGAGGCAAGAUUCUGACUCUGACAUUCUAGACAUGGAGGAAGCUGAACAAGAUUUAGUGGCUGAUGACCAUCCAAUAAUUGCCAAGUAUAUAGGAGAAGAGGAGUCAGCAAAACUACAGGAAGACAUGAAGGUGAAGGAACAUGAAGAUAAAGAUGAUGCCAGUGGCCGUUCGAGUCCGUGCCUGAGCACCAUUUCUCAGGUUAGUAGCGUGUCCAUGACCAGUGGGAGUGCCAGGAUGACUAACUUUGCUGAACGGAAGCUUCAGAGACUAAACAGUUAUGAAACAAAAUCCAGUACAAGUAGUUCACAGAAGACCACGCCCGAUGGGUCAGAAUGUUGCCCAGCUCCGUUAACUACAUGGAAGCAGAAGAGGGAGCAAAGCCCAAACAGGCAAAGCAAAGAUAAUGUUAAUGUCUUGGCUUCUGAACUAGUCCAGCUUCAUAUGCAACUAGAGGAGAAAAGAAGAGCAAUCGAGGCUCAGAAGAAGAUGAUGGAGGCACAGUCAGCCAGGCAGCGAUUGAAGCUGGGCAAGGCAGCAUUUUUGCAUGUGGUUAAAAAGGGGAAAGGCACCGAUGGCUCACCGCCUCUUAAGCCAGAACAUUUCACAAAAGAGUACUCAAGGCACAAUGGGGAAGGCCUGGAUGAUACAAACUCUCAGAACUCUAAAUCAGAAGUGUUCUUUGUUAAAGAGGAAGGGAGUGAAGAUGUCCUUGAUGACUCCCAUGAAGCGCCGAAAGUGAAAAUGCAGGAAACAAUCGCUUUUGUUGAGCAGAACAAUCCAAAGGAACCCACCAUGCAUGAAAUAGAGAAAAGCAAAAUGAUUUCUGCUGCACUCCUUGAAGAGAACAUCGAAGUGGCUGACAUCAACGAAUGUGAUCUUUCUAUUGAAAAAUUAAAUGAAACCAUCAGUACACUCCAGCAGGCUAUACUGAAGAUUUCUCAGCAGCAAGAACUCUUAAUGAAGGCGCCAGCAGUACCAACAACGAGAGGCAGUUCUCAGGACCAAAAGAUAAAAGCACCGAUUCAUUUUGUCGAACCCCUGUCUCCUACAGGAAUGAGCAGCCUUCGUAAACCUCCUCGACUUGGUCAGGGACGGAUUUCCCGUUCUGGGAGACCAUCUGAACUGAAAGUUGCUAAGGACAGACAGCAAACAACCACACGGAUCAAAACCCCAACUCCCAGUGUUGACACUUUGCCACAUUUAAGGCAGUUUCCUUCAUCCAAUUCACUGAAGACUCCAACUGAAACAGCUCUUGAAAAUAGUUUGAACCCAGGAAGCACUCCUCAGGAGAAACUUGUCUUUGAUAGAUACAGACUCUGUGAUGAGAGCAGUAACCGGGGAGGAUUUGUUCUGUCUACUUCCAAAGACACAAAUAUCCUCUCUGAAACUAUCAAAGAUGUGAAUAGCAACAUAGAGGACUUUAAUUCUUCUUUUGAUGGCUCAGGGAAAGAGAACGUCCCAGCGGAGGAACCCUUGAGAAGCAAAGGUAGUCUUAUUGAAGUUGACCUGUCUGAUUUGAAAGCUGCAGAUGAAGAUGUUGAAAGCCAAGGUAGCUCCACAGACUUAAUCAGUGAAAUUGACCAGAAGUCAGGUGUUGGGUUUUUCUUUAAGGACGAGCAGAAAGCAGAAGAUGAACUGGCAAAAAAGCGUGCAGCCUUCCUCUUAAAGCAGCAGCGCAAAGCCGAAGAAGCACGACUUCGAAAACUACAGCUGGAGGCAGAGGUUGAACAGAAACGGGAUGAAACCCGUCGCAAGGCUGAAGAAGAUAGAAUACGGAAGGAAGAAGAGAAAGCCCGAAGAGAGCUCAUCAAACAGGAGUAUCUGAGAAGGAAACAGCAGCAGAUCUUGGAAGAGCAGGGCCUUGGGAAGCCCAAAUCCAAACCCAAGAAGCCCAGGCCAAAAUCUGUCCAUCGGGAAGAGUCCUACAGUGACUCAGGGACUAAGUGCUCUUCUACUCCUGAUAAUCUAAGCAGUGCUCAGUCUGGUUCCAGCCUGUCCUUAGCAUCAGCAGCAACAACUGAGCCAGAAAGUGUCCAUUCUGGCGGCACACCUUCCCAGCGAGUGGAAUCAAUGGAAUCUUUGCCCAUAUUGAGUCGGAAUGCCAGUCGAAACAUGGAGAGAGAUUGGGAAAACACCUCAACAGCCUCUUCGAUUGCUUCUGUGGCUGAAUAUACUGGUCCAAAACUGUUUAAAGAACCCAGCAGCAAGUCAAACAAACCGAUUAUCCACAACGCUAUAUCCCACUGCUGUCUUGCUGGAAAAGUGAAUGAACCUCACAAGAACUCCAUAUUGGAGGAGCUUGAGAAGUGCGAUGCCAACCAUUACAUCAUUUUGUUCCGUGAUGCUGGCUGCCAGUUCAGGGCACUUUAUUGCUACUCUCCUGACACGGAAGAAAUCUACAAGUUGACAGGAACGGGGCCAAAGAGCAUCACUAAGAAAAUGAUCGACAAGCUUUAUAAAUACAGUUCGGACAGAAAGCAGUUUAACCUGAUUCCAGCCAAAACCAUGUCUGUUAGUGUAGAUGCUCUGACGAUUCACAACCAUUUGUGGCAACCCAAGCGACCCACAGUGCCAAAGAAGACUCAGACUCGCAAAUGACACUAAGUUUCUGUGGGAGACAAUUGUUGAUUGCGUUGCUGGGGAGAAAUGACUUUCCCCCUUGAAUUUGGGUAUAAGACGUGAAGAAUCAUAAACACUUUUUUUAAAAGGAAGAGGCUUCUAAACCUGGAUGCAAGGAAAGAAUGAAGGAACAAAUCCAGUGUUCUGUUUUUUUGUUUUUGUUUUGUAUGAAUGAUGAAGUGGCUGUUACAUCCAUUACGAACUACAGAGGCUUUUCACAAGGGAAGGUGCAUGUAGCAAGAUCGCAGGCAGUGGAUUUCCUCUUACUUGAAGUUCUUCAUUGGUACACGUUGGGACAUUCUUUCCUUCAGGUCUUCUCCCCUCUCUAGCCCCUCCCAAACAAUCACUUUGAAAGUUAGCACAUGCUGCACUUCAAUAGAAAGAGAGGGAAUCAGGCUAUUUGGCAGGCUUGAAGAAAAAUUAACUUUUCCUUUAGACUCGGGUGGGGGGCUGCAUUUGAUAAUGCAAACUAUUGUACUGUACCAACUGCCAACACUAAGCUCGGCUUUGAUGUCUGGGAGGAGAAGCACCAGACCAGUUCAACCCAGUCCCUUGCUGCUCAGAACAAAGUUUACUUAACAGUAUCUGUUCUUUAUAAGCACUGAAAGAUGGAAGAAAAAAUCUUGUCUGUUUUUGAAAAAGGAGGUCUUAUGCAAAUUAUUAUGGCUGAACAUUUCUGCAACACAAUCAUGAAGAGGCUAACAGUGGCCGCCAGCUAGAAUAUUCCCCCCAUUUGAAACUUGAGGCAAGCUGAAUGGAAUGCUGUCGACAUGGGUCUUCUGUUCCAAGUAGUAUCCAAACAACUCGGUCUUUUUAAUAAAGACACAUUCAAGUAAUAGUGGAACGUUUUCACUCAGAGCACGUAACUCCUGUAUACUGGUGCACUUAAUGAUCACAAAUUCUAAUUUUUUUAAAAAAUCAUGUCCUGAAAUGUAAUUCUUCUACUUGUCCUGUCUGGGUUUUUUCUCCCUUUUUUUGCUGAAUGAGCAGCAUGCUCUAAAAUGGAGUGUGGGUUUUGUUUUUUAGUUUUUGUUCAUUAUUUUGGGGAGGGGGUUGGGGUAGGGAUAUAUGCUAAUAUAUGAGAAAACAAACCAGUUUUCAUAUAAUAAUUUUAAAACAAACCUGCAUUUGUUUCAAAGGCUGAAAUAAGUCUGGCUUAUUUUUUUUUCUUUUUCAUCUUGAAUUAUUAAAUUGAGUUAUGUCCUUAAACCUGUGUAUUUUUUUCCCCUUCAAGGACCCUGUUUAUAUCUGGUGGGCCAGUGAAGGGGGAGGCUGUGCAGCUCAAAAUGGUUUAUAAUCCUGUGUCCUUGGCUCUAAAAACAUGUUAACCCCACCCCCUUCAAAGAAGCUCCAGGCUUUCCAGCCUACCUUUGUCAGGUCGUUAGCACAUUUUACUUUACUGCCUGGGAAUUUCUUUAUAGGGGUAUAGCUUUGGUUUGCACAUGCUACUUCAAUUUGAAGUGUUACUUGAAUAUGUUUCUUGUAGUGCAAAGGAUACUAUUCCAACAUUAGAAAAGGAGCAAAAUCCACAAACAUAAUCCAGUAUAAUUAUUUAAGGAACUUUUAAAAAUAAUAAUAAUUGGAAUUAGAAUGAAUUUUGUAUAGAGGGAGGCAGAAAUAGGGUACUUAAUGCGAAGUAGAGAAAUGGAAAUCAACGUCUUCCAAUACAGUCUUCGCAAUUCCUUCCUCUCAGAGUACUUUUUAAAUAGGCGGCUGUAAAUUUUGUUCCAUAGUCGGCUACCCUGUAAAUAAUGAAAGGCUUUAUUAUUUCUAAAACUGCUAAGUAUUAAACACUGUCAUGAGUGUCAUUUUUUUUGUUACAUGCUUUUCAUGCUUUAUUUCUCACUGUUUGAUAUUAUGCAACAUAUUUAUUUUACGGAAGCACUGAAAAAUGAAUAAAAGAUCAUCAGCUAA